CUUGUCUAUUAACGCUUCAAUUCCUAUCACGAAGAGUCAAGCUCACCUGUCAGCUCCAAUUCUUCCGUAGAAAUGCCACGUGAGACCAACGGGAUUGGUCGCUGGAACUUGAGGUUUUAUCGAGUGAAACGACUACUAAUUAGAAGAUCGGAAGGGCGGACCAUACUUAAUAGUGUUAAUUUCCUGCUUGAGUCAUGAGUCAUAUGUUAAGGAUUCAGUAAAGUCUGAUAAGCUGUAAACUAUGUAAUAAUGAGCAUGUCAGCCCCCAAACGUCACAGCUGCAAGACGCAAGAGCUUGAAAUACACGGCAACGUCGAUAUGUCGUCCAUCCUAUAAAGUCAAGGUUAUAUUCCUUCAUUUGCCAUCCAAUCCAAUUAGGAGUCACUUUACUUCAACAAUUGUACUCCCAUGGGAGCGAUGUAAAGUUAUUACUUGUCAUUGUCAUUCCAUGUCCAUCGAGAAUAAGAUUUGCGAAUGGUUUGGGGUGGCAGGCUGCAAUGAUGCAAAACUUGUUGUCGGAAGAUUGUACGGCGGUCCUUUAGUUUCUGUGUCCAUACAUCAAUUUCUGGAUGCAAACCAAAACUUUUUGUCCACCUUGAUCGAUGUCGAUACAAAAUAAUACGUGAGAAAGCCAAGUCUAGACCGUAAUGUGGAUGACGACAGUUAUUCGCUGGAUCUUCACACCAAGCACAUUGGUUGCAAGCUUUCCUUUAACCAGUUGUUUAAUAUCAAAAAUACUUCGAAAACUGCGCACGUCAAACAAUGGCGAUCAAACCAGCUUUACUCAUAUGCGUCCACUCUGUGCACGCAAUCCAAGCACAUCAGGUCAAGAUGCGCUGACGAAAUUGCCGCAUUUCAAAUUGUUAAAAUUGUACAAAGUUGUCUUUGUUAAAUGAAUACGACCAGAUGCAAGGCCAGUCCAGCAUCUCGGGAAUGAUUUUUAAUCACGUCACGCGACAAAUGUGAAAGUUAGAGCCACACAUUAGAAUUAAUAUCGUAAAGCGCGGGAUAAGAAGCCACGUCAAGCAGUACGAUCACAAAAAUGAGAGUGAUCCAGACCGACGAGGACGCACGAUCACACCACUUUAAUUAGAAAAAUCAGGAUACGAAAAUGUUUGAUUGUGGUGACAGAUGUCAUUUCCAACUCAGCCCAUUAUAAUGUACAAUGAAGCGUACUAGUGUUCGUUAUAACAGCCUACUCGAAUCGGCUCCAACGAAAACAUCGAAACAUUGAAAAUUGCUGUUGCGAGUAACACCCUCCGUCCUUACAUAAUUAUCAAAAUCACUUCAAGUAGAUACACACACUUGCCAAGAAUGGUCGCGCAAUUGCAUCAAUUCAGACGCAAAGAUUGUAUUUUAUUCAGCAUUUACACUUCUACAAAGUUACAGGAUUGCUAUUGCUUCUUCACCGCCGUCGGCGAAAUGUCGCCGUCGGAAAAAAGACCAG